AUGGCUGCAACUUGCUCUGCAUUUCCUUUUCUGGGGCAUUCGGAGUUCGAGAGUGCAUGUCAAGCUCUUGCCGAUCGAUGCAACUCGGCCCAAGAUAUUGGAUGGCCCGCCAUUCGACUGCUCACAAAGGUAUCCCUUUUUUCCAUGCAUGAACCAUUAAAUCUUAAUUUUGGUUAUUCUCCCUUGUUUCUAACAGAUGGGACUGGCAUCAGAAUAACAAAAUAUGUUGAGGUCUCCAGCUCGUUAGAAGCCACAGCGUUGGCGGAGCUAGAAGAACCCGAAGACGAUGAUCCGGAAGCUCUCGUUCGCGCACAUGCCCAGCCCGGCUUACAGAUCGACUAUGACAUCUUGUUGUCUCCCACAUAUCAGGUCCCCAUCUUGUACUUCAGUCCGAGGUGGCACAGUCACGGCCCACUCGGACUAGACGAAGUCUACCAGUAUGUCGUGCCGGAACAGUACAGGCAAGAAUUGAAGAGUGUGGGUGUAAUCGGUGGGAUUAGUAUGGGUUACCAUCCUGACUCUGGUGCCCCGGCCUUUUUCGUCCACCCGUGCAACACCGCGGAUGCUAUGGCGCAUGUUGUAGACACACAGAACGUCACUCCUGAGUCAUACCUCCUCAUCUGGCUCGGCCUGUUAGGUCAUUGCGUGAACCUGCACGUCCCACGCGAGCUUUUUGCUUAG